AUGGCGAAAGCCGAGAGACAGACGCCGAACUUAUUCCACAAGGUUAUCCGACUGACAGAGAGAGAGAAGGACCGUGACUCAAGGAAGACAAACUACGGCUCCACCUGGACGUCCCUGCUCAACUCCCUGUCACACCUGGCCAUGGCGGAGAAGAUGUACGCCUCACUCAGGUACCUGGGGCAGAAGAAGUGGUUCAGUGGCAGAGAGCAGAGUCAGAAGAAAGGUUUUGAGCUGUUUGGCAGCACGUCCACCAAGGUGCCGCAGGUCCCCCCUCUACACCAGUGGCUGCUCAGUUUCAAGGCUGCCCUCGUUUCCAAGUUCUCCUUGUAUUUCAAUGAGACUCUGAGUAAACAGUCCAGCCCACCUGAGAUGAAAACCCUUCUAGCAAAGACAUCAUGUGACUACAUGGCAAGGUUUGCCACGUCUUUGCGGAAAUCGGAUGUGACCAACCUGUCGAUUGUUCUGGACACCCGGGGACUGGAGAAAACGUAUAAGGGCCACGGGUACCACCACCCUGCAGCCAAGCUGGAGCCGCCCAAGGGACUGGACAGUUACCCUGCCAUCGUGUCUGUACCAGGGGAGAGACCGAAGCAUCAUUGGCCCAACCUCAUCAUGAUCAUGAACAACAACGCUGCAGAAAUGAACACCAUGGAGAGGAUAGUUUACUUCCACGACAAAGCCUUCCAGAGCACCUACUACAUGAUAAGAAUAGAGCCGAAGAUGACACUGGUGGUGAUAUUCGAGACCAAGAGAGCAGAGAAGGACUCCUAUGUGAGAAUAUAG